AUGACAGAUCAUCGCCACACUCCGCCGAAAGCCAGCGGCAACCCUAGAGUAUUGACUCAGUAUGCUGCCAAUGAUAAUUUGUUAGAGUCCGCAGGCACGGACUGCUGUAGUGUGCGAUUAAAACAAGAUGCGAGGUUGGAGGCGUUGUCAGGCCAAAUUGGCCGCAGGAUGAUACCACCGGGACUGCUACGGGGCAUGAUGAUUUCAGGGCGGGCUCCUGUAAGGAGCCGACUAUAUAUGGGUAUCAUCGUUGUCGCUGGAGGAUCUGGUCCCGUCGGACAGACUAUUGUCGAUGGACUAUUGGCGCAUACACAGCACAAGAUAUUUGUGUUCUCCCGAACCGUAAUUACAAACAAUAGUGCCUCCAAAGCAAGCAUUUCCUACCUAGAGGCUGACUAUGACGAUGUCCGAGCAACGAGCGAUACGUUAGAAGCUUCUGGUGUAGACACAGUCAUAUGCGCAAUUGGUGUCGCAACUCCAGCUACCAACCAGGCACAGCUGAACCUUAUCAAAGCUGCCGCGCUUUCUCAAUCGACGCGAAGAUUUGUGAUUAGCAGUUUUGACAUGCUACAACUACAGGAGUAG